AUGGAACGUGCAAUUUUCUCUGUUUCAGCGCCCGUAUAUGACCAGGAUACCACACAAGUUGCAGAAUACGAUGGAGGUACGUAUACCGUGACGACUUUUAUUACUCCUAAUCAAUGUACACGCACGCCACAGACGUGAGGUUAAUUGUAUCGCAGUCGAACAGACGGCACGUGCCGUUUAACGAUUCUUACACGACACUGCUUUCAAUCGAUCCUUUCGAUGAAUAUUAAGAACGUUGUGCAUUGCCUCCAUCUUCAAUGUCGUAUAUUCAUACAACUCUACAACGCACAUCCUACUCUUGUAAAGUACAGUUCUGCCCUCCUUAGUUAAAAUAUAUCGAUAAAUAUUUGAAAUUCUGAACGUAUUUUUCUCUUUUUCCUUUUGGGAAAUUUACAUUCUGUGAAUAACGAGUAACGAAGAAAAAUAAAACAACCUCCAAUUUCUGAACUUGAACGGGUUAUUUUAACUUUCGAUAUUUAAGCUUAGGCUAUUUUAACUACGGACAGAAUCGUUCAUCAAUUAUUCCCCAAACCGAACAUUCAGAUUCAUAAAAAUAAAUAUUCCUAAUAAUUUUGCUAAUUCACAGCCACGGCCGGGUGCUACUACAACUUCCAACGCUACGACGAGGGGGAUAGAAUCAUCACGAACGAACCAUGCCUGAACUGCACGUGUCACAAUCGAAUGCUGAUGUGUUAUCUGAGGGUUUGCCCCUUCACGAAGGCGAUCGGGCAAGACUGCACGGUUGAGAAACGUCCAGAUCAGUGUUGCCCUGUCAUCACUUGUCCAGAAGUGCCGGUGCAACUACUGACUUCGACUACUAAUGCGCCAGCAACUUCUGGUUCCACAGCACUUGGCUUCCACGAUAAUUAUGGAUGCAACGUCGAGAAUCGGUUCUACGCAGACGGUGCCCAAUUGCCCACCGAUCCUCAGAAUCCUUGCGAACUCUGCUACUGUAUCAGGAACAGGACUACUUGCGUCAUGCAGGAGUGUACUUUACGCGUGGCUGGAUGCAGGCCCGUCUAUCAACCGGGAAUUUGCUGUCCUGUCAAAUACAAUUGCGAAUACGACGAGGAACUAGCCACCACGGUUGAGCCAACGCCAGGACUGAUCAUGACCACCACGAUAGCUCCAGGAGAAACAUCGCAAUGUUAUCAUCAUGGGAAGGUCUACGAGGACGGCGACUUGAUCUAUUCGACCCAGCCUUGUCAGCAUUGUUAUUGUUUCCGCGGUGACAUCGCGUGCGCUGUGCAAGAUUGCGGAACACCGAUGAAAACUCACGGAAAGAAUUGCACGGCUCUGUCACCGCCGGAAGGAGAGUGUUGUCCAACUACGUACCAGUGUGGUAAGAAACUUCUUCCUUCAUUACGCUACUCAAGAGCAGCAGACAAUAUGAUGUACGCGGAACAAGUUCCAUAUGAACAAGAUGAUGGAGGACUUGUAACGUUACCCAGAGGCGAGGAACAAUCUACCGAGGGAGAGGUUUUAGAAACGACAGUUUCUACGUCAGUUACGGAAGUUGAGAAGGAAGUAUCUGAAACUACAGAGGAGUCGUUCCCAGGCUCUGACAACGUGAUUCCUCAAGACCACGUGGCCUCUACUGAGGCUCCGACCGAAGCGUCCACGGAAGAACCCAAGAAAGAAGAAGCUCCUUCGGUACAUGAAACCGCUGCUCCAGAAAUCCCAACCACUGAGAGGGAAACAAGCAUUUCAGAAGAAUAUAUUACUGAAGGCGUUCCAACCGUAACGGAAGCAUCGAGCGCAGCGCCAAAAUUGACCGAACCUCCUGAGGAAGCAACGGGUGAGGCAACGGAGGCACCAAUUGUGGAAGAAAAGGGCGAAGAAACGGCUACUACACCUGCAGAAGAAACUACUCAAGAAGUAAUUCAAACUUCAGCUCCAGAAGAAAUACCGGAAUCUUCACCAAAAGUAGAAGUUACAUCAGAGGAGGUAACUACAGUGAGAGAAGAAGAAAAACCUGAGGUGAGUACUGAACAAACAAUGCCAGAAGAAACACAAACUGAAGUGCCUGAGGAGAAACAACCAGAAUUACCAAGUGGUGAAAAGAAAGAGGAAGAGAAACCAACGGAAGAGAGCGUGACUGAAGAAAUAAUACUGAAAGAGGAGCAUCCAGUCGAAAAAACUGAGAUACCUACACAAGCACCGGAAGUUCCAACUGAAGAAAAGGAAGUAUCUCCGGUUCCUGAAGCAGAAGUAACAACGGCUAAGACUUUGGACGAAGAAGAAGCAACAGAAGCAACCGAAACUGAAACUCCAGACCAGAGACUGUCGACAGAGACACCUACUGAAACGAAACCAGAAGAAGCUGCAACACCUGAGAUAGAAGUAACUACCGAGAAACCUGUCAAAGAGGUUCCAAGCACCGAACAAAUCCCUGAAAAAGUUCCUGAAGAAGAAAAAGAAAGGCCAAUGGAAGUAAGUACGGAACGACAACCUACAGAAGCGUCAUCAAUUCCAUCAGAAUAUGGUGUAGGAGAAAUAACAGAAAGUGCAGUGGAACAGAAGACAGAACUGCCAGUACACGAACCUAGCUUGGCUCCCAAAAAAGAAGACAUGAUUCCUCCUCAAUUACCAGAAACUAGCGAGCAACCAACUGCGACAAGCGAAUAUCCCUUGGAAGAAGAAACACCUGAAAUUCCGGAACACGGUCCACCAGGUAUCUCGAUUACCGAUCGUGCACCAGAAAGUAAAGCAGAGGAUAAAGAAGCAAUAACUGAAAUUCAAAUCACAGAAGGUUACGUUGAUAUGAAGCCACCAGAAUCCACUGUACCGAGCAGUCUUGUAACUGAAGCACCUGAGCAAAAGACUUCGUCCACGUAUUUGCCUCCUGUUCAAGAAACAACGAUUGCUCCUAAGCAUGAAACGGUACCUACGGAAGAAGGAACUACCAUGCAGGCGCAGUUGCUGGAGGAAACCUUGUCCACUUCGAUUGCACCAGAAAAGGCUGAAGAAGGCGCUCCCUCGGUUACAGAAACUGGUGAAAUUCCAGGUGAAGAGAAAGAGAUAACAGAAGCUGCUCCUAGAGGUACUGAACCUAGUCCUGUAACAGAAAUUUCAACGUCAACAUCGAAAGCUCCGCAGGAAGUAUCUCAAGAGACUGAACAACCUACCUUACCAGAGGAACAGAGUACUGAAAUAUCAUCGUCUGAAGUUUCACCAACAAAAGAAACUUCAGAGGAACAAGAGUUGCCAACAAAAGGAUUGACUAUCGGAGAAUCUGGAGAAACUUCGUCCGAAGAAGUGAACGAUUCCAGCGAAGAAGCGAAAGAAAAACCUGAAGAAUAUCCACCUGAGGCAACAACUCCAAGUCCAACUGAGGUACCUGUAACAGAAAAACACCAAACUGAACAACCAUCUGGCCAGGAACAAACCAUAGAAUCCGAGAAGGCAAGUACGGAAGGUAUUCAAGAGACGUCUUCGACAGAAGUCCCACGCGUUGAAGUACCCGCUACGGAGAUCAGUGCAAUUCCAGAAGAAAAACCUACUACAGAGCAAAAAGAACAAGGUACUGUGGCGCCAGAAGAAGCUCUGCCAAGCGAAAAGCCUAGUGUCAGUUCCGAAGCACCUAAAGAACAGGCUACUGAAAAACCAAUUGUUGAAGAGGAAGCUCCAGUCACUGAGGGAAUUGAGGGUGAAAAAAUAGGCACGACUGUCAGCAAAGAUGAGCAACCUGAAACAAGCGAGAAACCUAUGGUUGAAGAAAUACCGGAAGAAGCAACUACUCCAGGAAUAGAAGGUUCACCAACAACUCAGGAAACGAUAGAGGCUGAAAAACCAACUGAAGGCACUUUAACAGUUGAAAUUCAUCCAACAGUGGGAUCAGAGGAAGAACAGAAAACAGAAGCACCAGAAACAAAAACAGCUAGUGAACAACCAGCUCUUGAACAGACUGAAGCACCGGUAACCAAAGAAGAAACAUCGACCGAAGGAAUGCAAGAAGAACAAAAGACGGAGCAGCCAGUGAAGGAAGAAGGUCCAACUGAAGGACCACUGACUUCAUCUCCAUCUCCAUCGACAGAACAAGCUGUUACUGAAGGAUUAGAAAAGGAAGAAACACGUGCUCCUACUGAGCAACACGUGCCAACUAAACCGCCAAUUAGUGAACGCAAAGAGGAUGACCUGAGUGCAGAAAGGCCACCUGAGAUAGAAGAAGGCGUUCAGAAGCCAUCUCCUCUUGAUGAAGAGAAGCCAACUGAAAAGCCUAAACCAGAAGAAGAAGAAAAAACGAUAGAAGAAGAGAAAACUAAAGGACCUCUUGAGGAAGGAAAGCCUACUGAAGAACCUUCGGAAGAACAAAAACCAACUGAAGUAUCUACUGAAGAACAGAAGCCAACUGAGAUACCUACUGAAAGUGAACAACCAACUGAAGAGCAGAAACCAACUGAAGAACCCGUUGAGAAAGAACAACCUGGUAAAGAACAAAAACCAACUGAAAAACCUAAAGAAGAAGAACAGCCAACUGAAGAACCUAAAGAAGAAGAACAGCCAACUGAAGAACCUAAAGAAGGACAGCCAACUGAAGAACCUAAGGAAGAAGAACAGCCAACUGAAGAACAAAAACCAGUUACAGAGGUACCUACUGAAGAAGGAAAACCAAGUGAAGCACCUGUAGAAGAACAGGAAGCUACGGAACAACCUGUUGAGGGAGGAAUACCUUCUGAAGAGGGACAGCAAACAGAAAGACCUAUCCAAAAAGAGGAACCAAUUACAAUAUCUAUGGAACAGACACCAACUGAGCAACCAAUAGAAAAAGAAAGACCAACUGAAGGACCUGCUGAAGAAGAAAAGCCAACUGAAGGACCUGCUGAAGAAGAAAAGCCAACUGAAGGACCUGUUGAGGAAAAACCAACUGAAAAAACUAUAGAAGAGAUGCCAAGUGAAGUCACGCCUUCUGAAGAAACUAUUCCAGUAGGAGUUCCAACAGAAGGUCCUGCAACCGAAGAAAAACCUUCUGAAACUUCUGAAGCAGUACCUACAGAACUUCCUAAAGAGGUACCCGAAGCAUCGACAGAACUUCCAAAAGAAAUUCUGCCCACAGAAAAGGCACAAACAGAAGGUGAUGCGUUACAAGAAAAAACAACAGAAACUCCCAUUAUCCACAAAGAACCUUCUACGGAACCUUCUACAGAAACUCCCAUUAUCCACAAAGAACUUUCUACGGAACCUUCUACAGAACCGACUAAACAAACUCCAACGCAACCUGUCGAAGAAGGAAGCACUCAACAACCAGAACUACCAGCUGAAGCGUCAACGGCAGCUGUUCCAAGUGAAACAACCGAACAAGAAGUUAAAGUUCCCGAGGAAGGUAUGAUGGCUGAAACACCUGAAGUGUCAUCGACUGAACCUACAAUUUCGAAAACAACACUUUCUGCACUUCCUGCAGAAACAAAAUUACCAGAAGGAGAAGAGAAAAUAUCUACUUCCGAACAAAUUCAAACUGGUGCUCCAUCAAAGGAAGAGGCAACAACGCAAGCUCCUCAAGAGAAGGAAACAGAGGCUCCGAUUACGGAAGAGAAGAUUCCAGAAACGUCAACUCCAACAUCUAAAGAGGAAGAAAUUCCAGAAACUACAUCCUAUGCAGAAACAUCACCGACUGAACAAGUGGUUGAGCAAUCCACACAGGCUGGAGAUUUAUCUACACAUGGUCCUUAUCUGCCACCAACAAUUCCAGGAGAAGGCAAUUGCCUCGUCGAAGGACAAUCUUACAGUAAUAACUCUGCCGUUCCUCCUGCCAAUCCUUGUCAACUUCGAUGUCGUUGCAUUAGUAGUAUCAUUCAGUGCGAUCUGGUUCAAUGUCCACCGCCUCCCAAUCAUUUAUCAAACUGUAUGCCAAUUCAUACUAGCAAAGAUGCUUGCUGUCCGAUGUACACUUGCGACUCGACGCCUACAGCAGUAUUGGAGUCUGAUAAUCACAUGAUCGAACACAAAACACCUAAAUACGAAGAAGAACAGAAGACUGUAUCACCUGCAGUCACCGAAGUUCCAAUAAAGGAAGGCACCACGGAAGCUGUCAAAGAAGUUUCGAUUACAGUGGCACCAGAAACACACGCACCUGGCAAAGAAACGAGCGAAAAGAUACCCACAACCAGUUUACCCGAAGGAAUGCAAACGACACCAAAAUCUGCCGAACCUGAGCACGUACAAACAACCAUUGGAGAAGCUGCCAAAGAACCUGAAGAACACACACUUAGUCCAGUACCUCCGCAGGUAGAAUCUUCUAGUCAAAUACCUUCAGAAGAAACUUCGCCAGAAAUACCAAUCAUUUCCACAAAGCUCCCAGAAGAAAAAGAAGAACAGGUAACGAAAAUACCAUCUACUGAACAGCCGAUUCCUGAAGGACAGGUUCCUGAAGAGCAAGCCUCAAGUCCUGCUGCGGGUGAAGAACAGACGACAGAAGGAGUUCAAGAAGAACAAACUUCUGUUGGAACUGAAAAAGAAACUCCUACUACAAUGAAGCCAUCGGCUGAACAAUCAUCCGUUCCACCUACUGAAGAAGAACAAAAACCUACAGAAGGUGAAGAACAAAUAACUGUCUCUUCUGCUAUUCCAGAAGAAGAUAUAAGCAAAGAGCCUGAACUUCCAAGCUCUUCCAUAGUACCAGAAGUUACAGCGUCAGAAGAGGCUGAAACUCAAGGACCACUAGAAGAAGAAAUUACUUUAAGUCCAGAAUCGGUGACACAGCCUGGAGAAGAAGAGAAAGUGAAAGAACCUAAGCCAUCUGAAGAAGAACAGUCUGCUCAACCUGAACAGCCCACUACAGAAAGUGAACUACAGACUGUUCAACCUGGUGAAGCAGAGUCUGAAAAACCAUCCAUACCAUCCGUUGAAGUAUCAACACCAGAAGAAGGUCUAGCAGGUGAAGGACAAGAAGCAACUCCUGUCGAACAGGAAACUCUUAAACCAAGUGAAGGUGAAGUACCUGUAACAACAGAAAUGGAAAUAUCCACAGAAGAAGCGCCUGGUUUGACUAAAGAAAGACCAAGUAGCACUGAAAUAUCUGAAGAAGAAGCGACAGUGUCAUCAGUUGAGGGUAUAGAAACUCCACAGGAACCAGAAACUGUUCCAAAGAAACCAGAGACUAUUCCAGAGAAAGAACAUGCCGUGCCAGAAGAAACUGAACAGCCCUUGAUACCUACUACUGCAGAAACCAAAGAAACAGUCACAACUGAAAGUGCUGUUAGCACGGCUGUUGAAGAGCAUACUGAAGCUCCUGAAGAACAACCUGAGAAGGUAUCUGAGGGACAAAUACCAAGUUCUACCGAAACUGCUGAGAUAAGCACUGAGCAACCAUCGAAAUCUACCGAGACAAAAGAAACGACUGAAAAAGAGGCAGUCACUGAAGAACAACCGGUUACUGGUAAAACAAGACCCGAAGAAGAAGCUACAUCGUCUAUACCAGAAGAACAACAACCUGAAGUAACACUAGCAAUGGAACAACAAACUCCAGAGUCUGUCUUACCUGCUAAAGAGGAAACUACGCCAUCUUCGGAAGUUCCUGUGUCCCAAGAAGUUAGUACAGAAGGAAUCAUUGAAGCUAGUACCACGAGCGCAGCUCCUGAAUCAACUUCGCCGCAGGAACAAACCGAACAGCCUGCAACAGAAAAGGGAAUUGAAACAUCAGCAACUGAAGAAGCUGUCACAGAAGGAAUUAAGGAACAACCUAUUCAACCAGAGGAGCAACCGACUACUGAAAAAUCUCUUGGUGAAACUGUAGCACCAGCUGAGAUUCCAGAACAGGCAACAGAAAAAGAAGAGCAAGUGACUGAAUCUGUAAUAUCUGAGAAAGAAACUGCAGUGCCAGUAGUACCUAUGGAGGAACAGAAACCUGAAGAAGAAACUGAGAAACCGACUGUAAAAGAUGUGACACCUGCAGAGACAACUGCGAUGCCUGAAGAAGGUGAAGAAGCUACACCUACGAGCGAAGAACAACCUAGUGAAACACCAUCCCCAACUGUAAAAGAAAGUUCCACGUCAGCACCAGAAGAAGUUCCAGUUUCACCAGAAGAGCCAAUAAAAGAGGAGGAACCUGUAACAGAGGGUAAAAUUGUAACUACGCCAAGCGAAGUAAGUCCAACUCCCGAGGAACAACCUUCUGUGACGGAAAAGAAACCAGAAGAAGCGCCAGAAAUAACGCAACAGACUGAAGCACCAUCUAUGGGAGAAGAAACAAUCAAACCAGUGGAAGAAAAACAGGUACCAACUGAAGGGCAAAUAACUCCGGAAGAGACUGGUUCUACUGAAAUGCCAGAGAAAGGAACGACUCAACAAACACCAGAACAAGGAUUAUCUGAGGAACCAGAGAAAGCACUUCCAACUGAGGGACCUGUACAAGCUACUGAAAUUCCUGAAAAGACAGCACCUUCUACAGAAAUUCCAGAAAUUCCUGAAAAGACAGAACCUUCUACAGAAAUUCCUGAAAAGACAGCGCCUUCUACAGAAAUUCCAGAAAUUCUUGAAAAGACAGCACCUUCUACAGAAAUUCCAGAAAUUCCUUCUGAGAUACCAGAGAAGACAGCUACGACUGAAGCAUCUGAGAAAGAAUAUUCGACCGAAGCUCCUGUAAAAGUAACCCCUGCAGGAGAGAUUCCAGAAGAAAAAGUUCCGGACAAAGAACUUGCAAGUGAACUACCAGGUGAAGCAGUUACUACUGAAGCAGCAGAGAAGGAACUUCCUAGUGAAACAACAGAGAAAGAACCGGAAGAACAAACUACAGGAGUACCUGUGCAAACUGUUCCUGAACCUGCUGAAGUGACAGAAAAAGUUCUUUCAGAAGAAGAGGAGCCUGGUAAAACAACAGAAAAGACUCUUCCUGAAGAGGAGAAACCUAGUGAAGUAACUGAAAAGGUUCCCGAAGGAGAAAAGCCAGUCGAAAUUGAACAACAGCAAACGAUGGAACCCGAGAAAGAAGUUCCUCAAACUACGGAAGGCAUUUCGUUCAAGGAGCAAUUCCCUGAACAAGCACCAAACACGACUGAAGCUCCUCAAAUUGAAGAAAAGACGACUAAACUUCCAACCACUGAAUUAGAAUUAACGCAACCAACUACAUCAGCAGUUGAAAUCGAAGCAACGUCUCCCCAAAAAGAAGAACCUUCAACUGAAGCUACAGAAGCUCCAGCUGUGCCUGAAGUGUCCGAAGCUACAACAAAGGCAGCUGAAACGAGCCAACCAUCAGAAGAAACACAAGUGACGGAAGCACAACCUAUUGCAACAGAAGCACAUCCUGGUGUAACGGAAGCACAGCCUGGCAUUCCAGAAACUCAACCUUCUACUGAACCAGCAAUCGAAACUUCAACGGAGCGCGAAACAGAAGAACAGACUCCAGAAACUGAAAAGACAUCCGAGAAAGAGCAUAUAGCUCCAACCGAAGAGCCUCAAAAAACACUUCCUGAAGAGCACAAAGAAGAAGAAAAAACUUCGAUAAAGCCCGAAGAAGGGCAACAGGCAACCGAGGUGCCUUUCGAAGAACCCAUCACGAAAACUCACGCACUUCCAACGGAACCAUCUCUACUUGAAUCAACCGAAGAAGAACAAGAAGAAGAGAUGGAAGAACACAGUGGAUUGCCAGAAGGUCCUUCGUCGACCGAAAAAGAAGAACCAUCCGAAGGCCAACUGCCAACUGGAGUCGACGAACAUCUUCCACCGGCGACCGUGCAACCAACUAUUUAUGAACAGCCUUCGAGCACUCCAGCUGCGCAAGUUCCUGAAUAUCCGGAUCAAUCAGUGACUGGAGAAGACAAUCCACACUUCCCUACACACGGUGGUAGCUACUUGAAUCCUGACGAAGACUACGACGAAGAUGAUCAAGCAAUUUACGGACCGGGCACUUGUCGAUAUGGCGGCAAGGUUUACGUAUCGGCGCAACAAAUCCCAAGAGACGACCCGUGCGACUUUUGCUUCUGCUUCAGAAGCGAUAUCAUUUGCUUGCAACAGAGCUGUCCACCACCGAUCCCAGGUUGCCACGAGGAACCGAUCAGUGGAUUCUGUUGCCCGAGAUACGAGUGUCCUGUAUCAAUGGCCACGUCGCUUAACAUCACCACCACGACGACGACGACGACGACAACGUUGCCACCGCAUUUCCACGCUCACGCCUACAAGGGAGCCGCGAAACGAAGCGGCUGUCAAAUCCGCGGACAAGCGUACCGUGUCGGAGAAGUGAUUAGGUCCGCGUCUGGACCUUGCCUUCAGUGCACUUGCGGUGGCGACGGCAAUAUGAAGUGUGAUCCACGAGUGUGUAGCCCGGAGCCGAUGCUGAGGCAAAUGAUCGCGGCAGCCACGGCCAGAAGGAGGAGAUGAGCCGGUCAAUACGAUCCCGGGGAUCCAUCGAACAAGCGUAUACACAAGGAAGUCUAGAGAGUAGGAUCAGUGUUGUAUAAAAGUGAAUUAAAAUUAUUCUAAACUAUCGAAAUGUCGCGGGAACACAGACUAUAAUGUGCUUCGGCGAUUAUGAACUGAGUGGCCAAAACCGUAAACGUUUAUACUAUAAUAUUAUAUUAUAUUAUAUAAUGAGAAGAAAGAAAAGAGAGAGAGAGAAUGAGAUAGAGAUAGGAAUAGAGAGAGAGAAUGAAAGAGAGAGAGAG